AUGUCUAUAACUGUGAAGACGGGUUUUAGCAUUUACUGUGGAGCCCCUGGUAGAUGUAAAAAGCAGGGAAAUGUAAAAGGUGAAUGUCCUCCGGGUAGGCACGGAAGGAAUUGCGUUGAGUUCUGUAGAAUGAAUUGCAAAGGGUGUAACAGAUUCACUGGUGUCUGUGAGUUUGGGUGUAAUCCUGGUUGGAAGGGAACCUUCUGUGAGAAUGAAUGUGAUAGCCGGACAUACGGAGAAGACUGUGGUCUGUCUUGUGGAACUUGUUUAAAUUUAGAACAAUGUCACCACAUUAAUGGGACAUGUUUCAAAGGAUGUGACAGAGGAUUCCAAGGAGAUAAAUGUACUAAGGAGUGUGAUAAUGAUAGAUACGGACCUGAGUGCAAUAUGACUUGUGGUAACUGUAGCAACGCAGAACAAUGUAAUCAUGUGAACGGAAGUUGUCCCAAGGGAUGUGACUUUGGUGUUAAAGGGGAUAAGUGUGAUCAAGGUCAGUUAAAGUAA